GUCACCUGAUUGCUGUUUCCUGUAUUCUGCACACGGACGCUGUCUUCGCUAAAACAUCAAAAAUACGUAAAAAUACUUUGUUAAAUCGCCCGUGAUGUGAUUCGAUAACUUAUUUGUGUAUUUUAUCUAAACUACUCAACAUGCUCUAUGGAUACAGUUAGCUUUUAGCUUGUUAUUUUGGAUGGCAAACCUAGCUAGUUGUAGAUGUAUGUCAUCUUAGCUCUCAUUUUACAAAGCAGGGACGUGAACGUGAGCUAGAUUCGUGUAAUUAAACACGUUUUAUUGUAAAAUGGCUUCGAUAUUGGACGAGUACGAGGAUUCACAAUAUACGAGGCAAAAUGUGCAGCCUCACGCCUCUAUGAUCACCCAUUCAGGCUUUGUGAACGUGAGACUGGAGGAAGAGAAACCCAUUUUUAACAAACAGAGGAUUGACUUCACUCCUCCUGAAAAGAUCAACCACCUGGCCGUCUGCAACAACCAACUGUGCAUGAGUCUGGGGAAAGACACACUUCUCAGAAUUGACUUGGCCAAACCUGAUCAACCCAAUCAGAUCGAACUCGGGAGGAAAGACGACAGCAGAGUGCACAGGCUUUUCCUCGAUCCCACAGGCUUUCAUCUGCUGAUCAGCCUGACCUCCAAUGAGUGCCUGUAUUUGAACAGAAACACUCAGAAAGUGCGCCCCUUGUCUCGCUGGAGAGGGCAUCUCAUCGAGAGCGUGGGGUGGAACAAACUCUUGGGCACCGACAGCACCACAGGGCCCAUUCUGCUUGGAACCAGCCAAGGACUCAUCUUUGAGGCUGAGAUCACUGCGAGCGAAGGCAGUCUAUUCAACAACAACCCUGACCAGUACUUCAGACAGGUUCACUCUCUGGAAGAAGAUGGCCGCCCUGCUCCUGUCUGCUGCAUUGAGAUCGAACGCGGAUGGGAAAACAAGUUCUUCAUCAUCGCCACCACUAGGAAGCGCCUCUUUCAGUUCGUGGGGAAAGUGGCUGAAGGCUCAGAGCAGCAGGGAUUCAGCUCCAUCUUCUCCCAGAACCAGGAUCUUCUCCCGAGUUUUCAGGAGUUUCCAGUGAACAUGGGCUACAGCGAGAUCACCUUCUACACGUCCAAACUUAGGUCAUCGCCCAAAGCCUUCGCCUGGAUGAUGGGGAACGGGGUCCUCUACGGCCAACUGGACAGCGUCAGGCCAGACUCACUGCUCAGUGAUGUACAGGUGUGGGAGUACACGCCUGACAUUGAUCUGGCCUUUAACAAACCCAUCUCCAUCGUUCUGACUCAGUUCCACUUCCUGCUUCUCCUCCCCGACCGAAUUAAAGCCGUCUGCACGCUCAACGGACAGGUCGUGUACGAAGAUGUUUUCCCAGAGAAGUUUGGCGCCCUCAAGAGGAUGAUCAAGGACCCUGUAGGCGGAUUGGUCUGGAUUUACACUGAGAAAGCAGUUUUCCGGUACCACAUCCAAAAGGAAUCUCGCGAUGUUUGGCAAAUGUACAUGGGGAUGAAUAAGUUCGAUUUGGCGAAGGAGUUCUGUCGUGAUCGUCCUGAAUGCAUGGAUAUGGUGUUAGCGAAAGAAGCGGAGCACUGGUUUCAGAAUAAGCGAUACCUUGAGAGUGCAAAAUGCUAUGCCUUGACGCAAAACUACUUUGAAGAAAUUGCGUUAAAAUUCAUUGAAGCAAAGCAAGAAGAUGCCUUGAAAGAGUUUUUGCUCAAGAAGCUGAACAAUUUGAAGCAAAACGAAAAAACGCAGAUUACCUUGCUGGUAACCUGGCUUGCUGAGCUGUAUCUGAAUAGAAUCGGACAGUUAGAAAGCGAUUGUAACACUGUUGUAUUCAAAGAAACACGCGAUGAGUUUAGGAAAUUUCUUAGCAGCCCAAAAUACAAGGACUGUCUUUUCAACAAUCGUAGCACCAUUUACGAUCUUCUCGCCAGUCACGGAAAUGUAGAUGAUAUGGUUUACUUCUCAGUCGUAAUGCAAGACUAUGAAAGAGUAAUUUCUCAUUAUUGUCAACACGAUGACUUCACUGCCGCUUUAGAUGUUCUUUCAAAACAUUGCGAUGAGAAACUGUUCUACAAAUUCUCGCCAGUUCUCAUGCAACACAUCCCCAAAAAAGUGGUGGACGCCUGGAUUCAAAUGGGGAAAAGACUAGACCCCAAAAAGUUAAUUCCCGCUCUUAUGAAUUACAGUCAAAUGGGAAGUACACAGCAAAUUAACGAAACUAUACGCUACAUGGAGUUUUGCGUGUUUGAAUUGGCUGUGACAGAGGAGGCCAUUCACAACUAUCUGUUGUCUCUCUAUGCGAAAUACAGAGCGGAUUCGUUGUUGUCAUAUUUGCAGCAGGCAGGGACACAUUCCUCGGAAAUCCACUAUGAUUUAAAGUACGCGUUGAGGCUGUGUGCAGAGCAUGGAUACCUGAAGGCUUGUGUGCUUGUCUACAAGAUCAUGGAGCUCUAUGAAGAGGCUGUUGAUCUGGCUUUACAGGUGGAUGUGGACCUGGCUAAGUCUUGUGCUGAUCUGCCUGAAGAUGAUGAGGAGUUGAGGAAGAAGCUCUGGCUGAAAAUUGCCAAACAUGUAGUUCAAGAGGAGAAGGAUGUGAAGAAGGCCAUGAACUGUCUCUCCAGCUGUGACCUGCUCAAGAUCGAAGAUAUCCUUCCAUUCUUCCCAGACUUUGUCACCAUCGACCACUUUAAGGAGGCGAUCUGCGGUUCUCUAGAGGAGUAUAACCAGCACAUCGAAGAGCUGAAGCAGGAGAUGGAGGAGGCCACGGAAAGCGCCAAACGGAUCCGUGAGGACAUCCAAGAAAUGAGAAACAAAUAUGGUGUUGUGGACUCGCAGGAGAAGUGUGCGUCAUGUGACUUUCCUUUGCUCAACCGACCGUUCUACUUGUUCCUGUGCGGGCACAUGUUCCACUACGACUGUCUCUUCCAGGAAGUGACCCCUCAUCUGUCUGUGUUCAAACUGAGUCGUCUGGAGGAACUGCAGAAGAAACUUUCCGUUGCGACUCAGUCGUCCAAAUCUCGCCACCGCCAAAAAGAGGAAUCAGACACGGCGAGUCUGGGAAAAGGCACCGCUGGAAACAGCCGCGAGCAAAUCAAAUCUGACAUCGAUGACAUCAUAGCUUCCGAAUGCGUUUAUUGUGGAGAACUCAUGAUCAAGUCCAUUGACAAACCUUUUAUUGAUCCAGACAAGUUUGAAGAGGAGCAAUCCAGCUGGUUAUAGAUCUCUGAAUAUAUCAUACUAAUAAUAUGAUGAUCUAACAGUCACGCCACACUGCAAAAAUUGGUAUUUCCAUCAAUUAAAAUUACUUGAAUUCACAAAAGGAGGUUAUGGAGAUGACAUCACAUCCUUUGGAACUUUCUUAGAGUGGCAACAGUACAUGAGUGUCUAUGGUAAAAAAGCUCAAACCACAUCUAAGAUGUGAAAGAGCUGCCACAGUUUAAUGACCAAUAUAAAAGUCUAGAACUCUGCUAAAUAUUUAGUUUGUACCUGACAUUUAACACAAGAAAAUUAAGGUUUAACUGUUUACUGUAGAAAACCAGAGAGCAGUUAAAACCUCUACUAUUCUUACUGGAAGUUUAUUUUAGUCAGGUCUAGACUUUAGACAGGCUUCAGUAUAUUUUUGUAUAAUUUCAAAUCUAUUAACCCAAACUACUAACUAACCUUCAAGAUUUUUGAAUCUAAUUUUGGAUUCAAGUAAUUUUAACUAAUGUUGAUAUUAAUUUUUGCAGUGUAGAAAUCUGCACUAAGCCUAAACUUACCUGUUGAUUGUGCCUAUAACAAAACUUUUUCUGUAUGGUGUAUCAAAAUAUCAUAAGAGAACCCACAUGAUAUGAGUUUAGACACCAAGUUACCAACACAUUUAUACAGUGCUCUUUGCGAUUCUUGCCACCCUGAAGUGUUCUGUCUGCCAAAUCCUACCCAGGCAUGUGUUUUAUGAUCUUACUUAAACUGACCUAACAUAAUCAUAAUAUGCAUCUAUUAAUACUUUUGAUUAAGAUUGCAUUAUUUAUUCACCACAACUGGUAGACUGACAGAUGCUCUGCCCCUUCAAUCAUCACCAAUCACUCACUCAGUCACACACCACAUUAUACAUCAUACUAGGCAAGGUCCGUGAAGUGUCUUGCUCAAUGACCUAACAACAGUAUGCCCUAGUCUGAGCGGAUGUUGAACCAUCAACUUGGGCUGGUGUGGGAACUGUUCGUCAUUGAUUUACUGAGUUGUAUUUCUUUAAAUGGCCCAUAUUAUGUUAUUUUUUGAUCUGCUGAAAUGUUUUUUCCUCAUCACAAUCAUAACUGGAGUUGUGUUUUGUUUCAUUCACGCAUGUUUAAUCCUCAAAUCCUGCAAACUUGGCUGAGUUCUUCUCUCAAAUAUAUAAAACACUGUGUUCCAUCUUGUGAUGUCAUGUGGUAAUACAGGAAGUGCUCCACUGCUCCAUAAACCUUCACUAGAAGCAUUUGAUGUGAAUGAAUGUCCGGGUGGGUUUUUGAUGAGGUAACAACAUUUUAACAUGAGUCAUGAGUCAAUUUUGCAUAAUAUAGGACCUUUUAAAAGCACUCAGGUUUUCAUUUUUAAACUAUAUAUUCAUUGUCACCCAGAGAUUGUGGUUGGAGAUUUACUAAAGGGUCCUUGGGUACUGCUCCUGUCGUUCUGUGGCAUUAAAGAAUGGGUCAAAUGCAAAUAAGCAUACAUAGAAAAGGGUGACCUUUUCAGAUUAAAAUGUAUGAAAAAUACAGCUUUGUGAGAUUUACCAAGGGUGCCAUUUAUAGCAGCAGGAACUAGAACUUGACUCUGAAAAUGUUACACAGAUAUCAUUUGCUUGUUCUUGUCUUUAUUGUUUGUUUUAUAAAUUAAAUAAUGCUCAGUUGAAAAUA